AUGGCGGACGAAGGUACUACUGUCAUCGGCUACAAGACCCGUGGGGGUCAGUCUGGAGGCGGAGGCGGAAGUCAAGGACCUACAGCUUACGAGCGCGCAAAGGCUGUGGGUGCCAUCACUGAGAAUGACCGAAAGACUGCUGCGGGUCACAACAAGGGUCAUGCAGGGCCAGAGCAUGGUCACUUGGCCAAGCUUGACCGAGAGAAUGAAGUUGCGCCACCCUCCAAGGUCGCCCCAAGCGUGGGCAAGGCCAUCGCUCAAGCCAGGCAAGACAAGAGCUUGACUCAAAAGGAGCUGGGAACGAAGAUCAAUGAGAAGCCUCAGGUCGUUGCAGAGUAUGAGAGCGGCAAAGCUAUUCCCAAUCAGGUCAUUUUGGGCAAGCUGGAGAGAGCUCUGGGCAUCAAGUUGAGAGGCAAAGACAUCGGCUCUCCUCUUGGAGGACCCAAAAAGAAGUAG